AUGAGCAACGACAAGCCAGUUGUCGAGAAUAUCGACAAUAUCAACACCGACAUGGCUCACAGGCCAUCUUCGGAGGUCAAGGACCCAGAGAAGAGCACACCCGAGGCCUUCCUCUACGACCCAACAGUUGAGCGUCGCCUACGGCUCAAGAUCGACUUCGCAAUCGUGCCCACCGUCAGCCUGCUCUACCUCUUCUGUUUCAUCGACAGAGCCAACAUCGGCAACGCCCGUAUCGCCGGCCUCGAGAAAGAUCUUGGCAUGACUGGCUACGACUACAAUGGCACCCUUUCCGUCUUUUACAUUUCCUACAUCAUCUUCGAAAUCCCGUCAAACAUUCUCUGCAAGAUCAUGGGUCCUGGCUGGUUCAUCCCUCUCAUCACGGUCCUUUUCGGCAUCUGCUCCGUCGGCACCGCCUUCGUCCACACCGUCCCCCAAACCAUGGCUAUCCGAUUCUUGCUAGGCAUAUUCGAAGCCGGAAUGAUGCCCGGAAUUGCAUAUUACCUCUCGCGCUGGUAUCGCCGCGCCGAGCUCGCCUUUCGCCUGCUCCCCGGCUUCGGUAGCGUCCAUUCCUGGCGCAUGAUCUUCGCCAUCGAGGGAAUCAUCACCAUCGGGCUUGGUCUCAUCGGCUUCUUCACCCUUACGGACCGCCCCGCCUCCGCGAAGUGGCUCACCGAGGCCGAAAAGGAACUCGCCGAAUCCCGCGUCCGCUCCGAGCGCGUCGGCCAGUCCCAGGUCCUCGACAAAAUUGACACCCUCAAACUCCGCCGCGGCAUCCUAUGCCCGAUCACCCUGUCCACCUCUUUCGUCUUUCUCCUGAACAACGUGACGGUCCAGGGCUUGGCCUUUUUCCUCCCCACGAUCGUCAGGGGCAUCUAUCCUAACUCGUCAGUCGAGCGCCAACAGCUGUACACGGUCCCGCCGUACGUCGUGGGUGCCUUCUUCACAGUCCUCUUGCCACUGCUCAGCUGGCGCCUCGACCGUCGACAGAUCUUCUUCAUCAUGUCCGCACCCUUGGCGAUGGUCGGCUAUAUCAUGUUCCUGGCGAGCAAGUCCCUCCAAGUCCGCUACGGCGCAACCUUCCUCAUCACCUCGGCCGUCUUCGCCCUGGGAGCCUUGACGAAUGCGCAAGCGUCGGCGAACGUCGUUUCCGACACGGCAAGAAGCUCCGCGAUUGGAACGAACGUCAUGUUUGGAAACAUCGGAGGCCUCAUCAGCACCUGGGCUUUCCUGCCCUGGGAUGGGCCGAACUAUCCGAUCGGCAACGGUCUUAACUUGGCGACUUGCACCACGAUCCUGAUUACUUCGACGGUGACGUUGUGGUGGAUGAAGAGAGAUAACCGUCGUCGCGAGGGCUUGAUCGUGGAGGAUGAGCUGAGAGGGAUGACGCCGGAGGAUGAGGGCGAACUGGACUGGAAGCACCCGUCGUUCAGAUGGAGACCAUAG